CUAUAAUAAAAAACAAAAAUAAUUUAAUCAAAGAUACAAGUAUAAAUUUAAGUAACAAAGCAAAUAUGAAUUCAAUUAGUAAUGAAGAUAAAAGUUUAGAAAUAACUGAAGCAACUUUUACUAAAGUAAUCUCUACUAAAAUAACUUCUAAUAUUAAUAAAUGUAAAGAUA